GAAAAGCUUUGAACGCAUUGUGCUUGUUUUCUUGCUUAUUACAAACUGCACGAACUUCGUAUUAAAGUAAACGAAAAUGCCGCAGCUGUUCUCCUCAUCAUAAACGCGUUUCCAAACAAUCAGUGUGACACAUUGUUGUAAAGAUGGAGUUUAUUAAAGAAGAGAAUGAAGACAUCAGUAUUACACAAUCAUGCAGAAUAAAAAGUGAAGAGACGGAGGAACAAAUAGAUGGAUGGCGAGGCUUUUUAUGUCGGGUGGAAUCUGUUAUCUCUGAUCCAGUUCGUUUGCUGUCUUCCAUGGCUGCAGCACGCAGUGUUGUUUACCUGCAAAAUCUGGCAACCCGGUGGUGUCGAAAUACUAUUGACCUGAAGGUGAAAGAGGAAAGUCAAGAACUGAAUGAAGAGGACAUGAAAUGUAACGCAGAAUCAACUGAACGAAAAAAAGUCAAAAAGCCCUUCACCUGCUCUCAAUGUGGAAACUGUUUCAUAGCCAAAAAAAGUCUUAAGUGUCACAUGAGAAUUCACACCGGAGAGAGGCCCUACACGUGCCAAGAGUGUGGGAAGAGUUUUGUUUAUAGUGGAAGCUUUGCUGUGCACAAGCGAAUUCACAAAAAAGAGAAGCUUUUCACAUGCCAUCAGUGUGGAAGGGGUUUCACAGUGAAAGAAAAUCUUAAAAUGCACAUGAGAAUUCACACUGGAGAAAAGCCUUUUACAUGCCAAGAGUGUGGAAAGAGUUUUGCACUAAAAACAGGUCUUAAGGUUCACUUGAGAAUGCACACUGGAGAGAACCCUUUUACAUGCCAAGAGUGUGGGAAGAGUUUUACACAAAAAAUAAACCUACAGACUCACAUGAGAUUUCACACUGGAGAGAGGCCAUACACGUGCCAAGAGUGUGGGAAGAGUUUUGUUUAUAGUGGAAGCCUUGAUGUGCACAAGCGAAUUCACACUAAAGACAAGCUUUUCACGUGCCGUCAGUGUGGAAGGGGGUUCACAGUGAAAGGAAACCUUAAUAUUCACAUGAGAAUUCACACUGGAGAGAAGCCUUUCACAUGCCAACAAUGUGGAAAGAGUUUUGUACAAAAAACCGGUCUUAAGACACACAUGAGAAAGCACACUGGAGAGAACCCUUUUACAUGCCAAGAGUGUGGGAAGAGUUUCACACGAAAAAUAAACCUACAGACUCACAUGAGAAUUCACACUGGAGAGAGGCCCUAUGUAUGCCAAGAGUGUGGAAAGAGUUUUAAUAAUAAUGGAAGCUUUUUUGCACACAAGCGAAUUCACGCUAAAGAGACACUUUUCACAUGCCAUCAGUGUGGAAAAAGAUUCACAUAUAAAGGAAACCUUAAAAUGCACAUGAGAAUUCACACUGGAGAGAGGCCUUUCACAUGCCAAGAGUGUGGAAAGAGUUUUAUUUGUAAUGGAAGCCUUAUUGUGCACAAGCGGGUUCACACUAAAGAGAAGCUCUUCACGUGCCAUCGGUGUGGAAGGGCUUUUGCAAGGAAAGGAACCCUUAAAAUGCACAUGAGAAUUCACACUGGAGAGAAGCCUUUCACAUGCCAAGAAUGUGGAAAGAGUUUUGCACGUAGAGAAGCACAUCGUUUGCACAUGCGAAUUCACACUGGUGAGAGACCGUUUACAUGCCAUCAGUGUGGAAAGGGUUUCAUACAGGCAAAGAGACUCAAAAUUCAUCUGUGCUCACACCUGAAAAUUCAUGCAAAAGGGAAGCCUUAAGCUGUGCCUGUGGCGUGCACAGAAGGGGGGCAGCAGGGGCGCGAGUCCCUUUCAUUCACAAAUCUAAAGGUGCACUUUCGGUCGUUCAGAAAAAGGGGAGAAUUUUUAAUAAUUAAAUUAAAAUAGUUAAAACAAAAUUAAAAUCUCAUAAUAAUAUCACAAUAACAGUAAUAAUGUGUUAUUAUGAGAUUUCUUUGUUAAAGAAAAUGAAGCGGAGGUGCCUUUAACAGCGCACGCAACAACAGAUCGGAGGUGGAUUCCAAUCAUAAGUGAUCCUCUUUAUGCCCUACUCUCUCCAAAGUGCAGAGCCUUUGCAGUGGGUGCUUUUGCUAACAUGGAAGGGCCCUUCGAGAAAAGACUAAUUUUCUCUCAUUCGUUUUGAAUGAGCUUUCGAGAGGCGUCCCCUCCCGCAGCAUUGCCCUUCAAGGGAGUAAUAACGCAGUUUGGAAUUCGCCCAGAACAUCAAAGUGCUGUUACCUCAGAUGAGUAACAGGUCAGAUAAAAAGCCCACUCCAUGUAUUGUGUUGUAAGUUCAUCAAAAUAAUAAAACAUGAUUGCUACCGCAUUUUCGACAUCGCACACUUGCAGUGUAUACAGAUAUAUUAAUUAUAAUAGGAGUAUAGAACACAAUCAUAAACUGAAGAUGCUGUCUGGUUCAGCCAAAGCUAGUUUGGUUUUUGUUUAAACUAAUAAAUCAUAAGACUAAUCACUUAAUAAAAUACCAUGGUAUUCCCAUUUUUUGGACAUGUAGUCUAUCAUGAUAACCAUUCAAAACCAUAGUACCAUCUUGACAUCAUUUUACCAUGGUUCUGCCAUAUUAUUGCUGUAAGGUCCUAUAUAUUUAUAAAUAUUAAUGAUAGAAUACAGUAAAAUAACAUGAAUAUUAAAACUAAUGAAGAGAAAGUAAUAUAAGAAGUGUCAGUUACAAAAAGAAGAUGAUGAGGUCCGAGUGGAAGCAGCAGAGACGAGAGAAAGUGAAAAGAGUUAUUAGACAAGAAAAACAUGAGAGCCCUAACCAAAAAGCUCUGUGCCAUUACCAGGGUAAUAACAUGAUACUGAAUGAUUAUUACAUUCAUAUGUCAUGAUACUGUCAUGGUACUCCAAGCAAGGUACCUUAAAAAAUACCAUGGUUUUACUAUGACACAUGUCAAAAACAUGGGGUUCCUUUUCGAUUCAGUUCACUUGACAUUGGGAGAAAUUGCUUUGGGGAUUCCUUCUCCGACUACCUAGUUGAAGCCAUUGUACAAUAAUGCCAAUUGUGUGAUUGCCAAUGGUGUUUGAACCCAGCCCCUUUAGGUGCUCAGUUGGCCUAUAAUAGCGGGUACAAAACCUUCAUUUCUUCAAGAUUUGUCUUCCUUCAAGACAGCGACAUUAUCUCUCGUCUUGGAAGCCCUCUCUGCUUCACCGUCGAGAUACACUUCUUCAGCGGACAGGAAGACUCAUCACCUGUACUACUCAGCACCUGCAGCAAGAAGACUCACUGCUCCCCUGAAGUGUUCCAGCGAAGAUUCUCUCCGCCUCGCCGCCAAAGACGCCUCUUUGUGAACAGGUUCUUUGCUUCAGACGCUCGCCUUUAAACAACACAGCACUUCAGCGAGACACCACCUGCUUCCUGCAGUGUUCCGGCAGGAGAUAUUGUAUCCUUUAUACUGUGUAUGUAUGUAUAUAUAUAUAUACAGUUGUGCUCAAAAGUUUGCAUACCCUGGUAGAAAUUGUGAAAUUUUGGCAUUGAUUUUGAAAAUAUGACUGAUCAUGCAAAAAACUUGAAACAACCAGACCAUCUUUUUCCAGAGCAGCCUGUAUUUCUCCUGAGGUUACCUGUUGGUUUUUCUUUGUAUCCCGAACAAUUCUUCUGGCAGUUGUGGCUGAAAUCUUUCUUGGUCUGCCUGACCUUGGCUUGGUAUCAAGAGACACUUCUUAAUAAGUGAUUGAACAGUACUGACUGGCAUUUUCAAGGCUUUGGAUAUCUUUUUAUAUCCUUUUCCAUCUUUAUAAAGUUCCAUUACCUUGUUAUGCAGGUCUUUUGACAGUUCUUUUCUGCUCCCCAUGGCUCAGUAUCUAAAUUUCACAAUUUCUGCCAGGGUAUGCAAACUUUUGAGCACAACUGUAUAUGUAUGUAUAUAUGUAAUAUAUAUAUAUAUAUAUAUAUAUAUAUAUAUAUAUAUAUAUAUAUAUAUAUAUAUAUGUGUGUGUGUGUGUGUGUGUGUGUGUUAAUAUAUCAUAAAAAGAGCUGCUUGUGUGCAUCGCGUUUUGAGGGAUGAUCCUACCCUCCCACCCGCCUCCUCUGUGUUAGAUCCUGAGGGACCACACGAGGACGACGGCGGGGCCGCGAGGUAGAGAUGGAUGAAUUCGAGGAGGAUCUCAUACCAGCACAAGCCCUGCGAGCCCCCCCGAUCAUCCGAUGUAGUGUCCUCGCCAGUACAGUAUAUACGUGAUGAGCUCCAGCCCUCUAUCAGAGUGCAUGACCUUAUUACAUUUGGCUGUUCUGACAUUGGGGAUGUUACCAUGUCCUUGCAGCAUUAGAAAUGGGUGAGUGGGCGGAGGUUGUUGCUGUCCCUUCCCCCAGUGAGGGUGUGGAGCAUGCACAUGCCACUGAGGUUGUGGCAAGAGUUUAAAGAGCUCGGUUUACAGUAGUCCCCUCCAGUCUCGCUUAAACGAAUGGUUCCUGAAGGCUGAGCCUUCGGUGAAGCCAGGCACACAUAAAUUCACGCUGUUCAUUUCCCCUCCCCUCCAGAGUUGCCGGGAGGCUACACAUAUAUGUUGUUUCUGUGUGUUGUGUCCAUAGAAACAAUGUUCACUCUCCUUUCCCACCAGAGUUUGCCAGGAGGUUACACAAGUUGUUUCUGUGUGCUGUGUUUACAUAGAUAGUUUUCUCACAAAAAAAAAAACAGAAAUGUGCUCGCCACACCUGCUCGAGACGCACAAACACAUUCACAUGCUGCUCACUCCCCGCCGCAGUUCGCCGGGAGGUUGCACAUAUAUUGCUUCUGUGUGUUGUGUUCACAUAAUAUUCUCACAGACAGAAAGCAGGAAUGCGUUUUAGAUGCACACUCAUUUAUAGGCUGUUCACUCCUACGUCCCCGCCGGGAGAUUAUUCAUACUGUAUGUGUUUCUGUGUGUUGUGUUCACAUAAACGAUAAAAAGGUGCUGAGACGCACACACAAAUUCACACACUGCUCAUACCCUGCCAGAGCUCGCCGAGGUGUUACACAAAUAUGUUCCUGUGUGUUGUGUUCACAUAAAGAAUGAUUCUCACAAAAAAGAGUAAAGAGAAAAUGUUUUCGUGUGCAGUUUUCAAAUGAUGUUCUCUCACACACUCUCGAAGGACUCUUCUCCCCUUCAUGCUUCUCUUUCUCCACACUCUGUUCAGACCAUUCUUCAGUGUCUGUCUCAGUUCAAACGUUCCACUGAAGUCAUUUAAAAAAUGCUGGGGUUUAUAGUGGCAGCAUCCGCCAUCAUGCCGUAAGGUCUUUUACACACAAGGCCUCUCCAAAGUGGAAGUCGACCUAUUUGCCUCUGCAGAAAAUGCCCACCGUCCUCUCUGGUACUCCAUGUCCCAAGCCCCACUGGGGGUGGACACCUUGGCACACAGAUAGCCUGUGAAACGCAAGUAAGCUCUUCCCCCGGUACGCCUCUUCCAUUCUGUCAUCUGCAGAGUCCGAGAGAACAAGAAACCGGUUCUGUUGGUUGCGCCGAAUUGGCCCAAUCAGUCCUGGUUUCAGUAGAUUAUGGAGAUACUGGACGGUCCUCUGAGGAGGGACCUCUCUCAAGCACAGGGCACGAUCUGGCAUCCCCAGCCAGAGCUGUGGAAUCUACACGUGUGGCCCCUGAACUGAGCACGUCGAACGAGCCAGAAUCAGCUCAGUCGGUAAUUAACACCAUCUUGCAGGCUAGAGCUUUAGCCACGAGAUGCCUCUAUGCACUGAAAUGGCAUAUAUUUGCAAAUUGGUGCUCUUUGAGUGGCAAAGACCCAGUGAAUUGCUCCAUAGCUAAGAUCCUUACAUUCCUUCAAGAGCAGUUGGUCAUAGGUCGUACCCCGUCAACACUUAAGAUUUAUGUAGCGACUAUGUCGGCAUAUCACGCCCCAGAUGCUGGCUCCUCUAUAGGCAGACAUGACCUAGUCAUAAAGUUUCUUAGGGGAGCGAAACGCUUAACACCACUCACCCUGCUACAGGCCUAAUUUGGGAUUUAAAUCUGGUGCUGAAUACACUCACGAGCCCCCCGUUCGAAACAUAAGAAUCUGUUGAGUUGCAUGUCCUUUCUCUAAAGACCGCACUCUUGUUGGCUCUGGCCUCAGUUAAACGGGUGGGUGAUACUAUAUGUAGGCGCUGUUGGUUGACAGCUCCUGACUGGAAUUUGGGCUGGGUCUUUCAAAAGCCACCAUCAAACCCGGAAAAGGCUAUGCGCCUAAGGUUCGAUCCAUACCCUUCAGAGCUCAGGUGGUCCGCCUACAAGCCUUCUUUCCCCCACCGUUUAAUUCGGAUGAGGUGCAGUCAAUGUAUUUGCUAUGCCCUGUGCGGGCAGUACACACAUACGUGGAGUGCACCCGCUAGUUUAGGCUGUCGGAUCAGCUCUUUGGUUGUUAUGGAGGAUGCUCAAAAUGCAUGUCUGUUUCCAAGCAAAGGCUCUCUCACUGGCUCAUUUAUGCAAUCGCCCUCGCUUAUGAAUCACAUGGCGUGAGAAGCCCUAUUGGUGUGCAUUCAACUAGUGGUAUGGCCACUUCAUGGGCAUGGACAAACCGUGUGUCCUCGCAGGACAUCUGUUUUGCAGCAGGUUGGUCUUCACAAAGCACGUUCGCUAGGUUUUACAACCUAGACGUGGCUCCAUCUCUUCACAAGUCCUCUCUGUCUAGAGUGCUUAAUGUUCCAACACUCAGCAGGUGAGCCCAAACCCUUUUAUUAUGGGCAGGCUACCUGAUAUAUGUACAGCUCUGGGGAAAAUUAAGAGACCACUCUAAAAUUAUCAGUUUCUCUGGAUUUACUACUUAUAGGUGUUUGAGUAAAAUUUAAAAAAUUUUGUUUUUUUGUUUUAUAAAGUACUAACAACAUUUCUCCCAAAUUCCAAAUAAAAACAUUUAUUUGCAGAAUAUGACAACUGGUCAAAAUAACAAAAAAGAUGCAGUGUUUUCAGAUCUCGAAUAAUGCAAAGAAAACAAAUACAUAUUCAUUUUUAAACAACACAAUACUAAUGUUUUAACUUAGGAAGAGUUCAGAAAUCAGUAUUUAGGGGAAUAACCCUGAUGUUCAAUCACAGCUUUCAUGCAUCUUGGCAUGCUCUCUACCAGUCUUUCACAGAGCUGUUGGGUGACUUUAUGCCACUCCUGGUGCAAAAAUUCAAGCAGCUCGGCUUUGUUUGAUGGCUUGGAGAUGGAGUGAACUGAAUCGAAAGGGAACGUCUCUGGUUACACAUUUAACCUCGGUUCCCUAUGAUUAAGGGAACGAGACAUUGCGAAAGCUAGCCGCACUACUACUUCAGAGUUUCAAGGUACGAGCGAUGAUGCACUGUUGUCCCUCGGUCAGAAAAUUCUGAAGAAAUGGUGAUUUUGCGCCCGCUUAUAUAGACCAACUGCGUGCCUAAAGGGCCUGAGCUCAAACACCAUUGCCAAUCACAGGAUUGGCAUUAUUGUACAAGGGCUUCAACUAGGUAGUCGGAGAAGGAAUCCCCAAAGCGAUUUCUCGCAAUGUCUCAUUCCCUUCUUCUCAGGGAAACGAGAUUACAUGUGCAACCGGAGACGUUAUCUGACCAUGUCUGAAAAUAAAUAAAUAAACAAGUGUAAUACCAUGGUGCUUUUUUGAGAAAUGUAACAGAAUUGGCUGUUAUUUAUGGUAAAAAAAUAAAUAAAAUAAAAUAAAAAAAAAAAUUAUACAUUAUUUACUACAAUAAAAAUGCUUCAAUACUCAAAAAGCAAAGAAAUUUGUCAAGAAUAUAUAAUUGCUACACGUACAAAAAAAACAAAAAACAAAUCAGUGCCCAUUUUCAUUCUUCCGCCCCUGUCCCUGCUAUGGUCUGUGCACGUUACUGAGCCGUGCCCUCACUACAUGACUGUCAGACUACCAGAAACUCUGCACUGCUUACAUUACACAAGAUUUCUUGUUUUACUUCUGACAAUGGGAUAGCCCUAACUACUUCCAUGGUUAUCAAUAUUAUUAAAAGAUAAUAUAAUUAUUGAACUUGUAUAUUCACUUUGAAUGUAAUUAGGAUGAAGUUGAUUAAACAAAGAAACUUAGACAUUAAGCUCAUUUAACGACUUGUAUUGGUUUAAGUUAUGAACCUUAAACAACUUUUCCUUUUAAGUUGACUCAACUUAAAAUUGUAAGGCAUGAAAAACACUUAGUUUUCUAUGUUGAAACAACACGAUUUUUAAACACAUCUGUACAAAUUUGAAGAGAAGUCUGAAGUUGUGUAGUUGGGACUGGAACAUUCUUUGAUCCAGGUGAAAGGCCAACAUCUCAUGUUUUCAUGUCCUCACGAACUGGAGCUCCUGCAAUAAAACCAAAACAAUUCAAGCAUCAGCAAUGAUUAUUAUAUACAGUAAAUAUAACGUGAGGCUAAAAACACUCACUGUGCAGAACAUGCUGCAUAUUUGAAAUUUAUUUGGGGCUAUGUCCACACUAAUACGUUUUCGUUUGAAAACGCAUCUUUUUCUCUACGUUUUGGCCUUCCGUCCACACUGGGUUUUUUUUGACAGCAGAAAUGGAGCUUGUAGAGAACGCUCUCCGAAGUCGAUAAAUUUGAAAAUGCUGUCUUUGCGUUGUAUUGUGGACAGGGAAAAGAGAACAAUCUGAAAACAGUUUUUAAAUGUAUCUGGAUUAAUGUGGACGUAGCCUGAGAAUGUCUCUGUGGUGCAUUCAUCUUCCACAGGUUCAAGUGAGUGUCAUAGAUCAAGCGCGAGCGGCAGUCAACGUCUAAAAUGAACAAACACUUCAUUACAGUUUAAGUUUAUAAAAUAUGAAAGUGAUUAUUGUGAAGGUGGUUGUGUUUAAAUACUCAAACAAUAUAAUGAAUAAUCACCAUUUAUUUAAGUAAAUGUCUGGCAGGUGUUAAAUGGCCCUUUUGCUGGCAGAGAUUUACCACAUUUGACAUAGAGGCUAGUGACAUGGUAUCCAAAUGGAACAUGUCUCAAAGAUAGUAAAAUUAUCACACAAGUUAUCUGGAAAGCAGGGUAUUACGUUGCCACAAUGUUUUCCAUGGGAUUUAUUAGUGACAGUUUUUGAGACAUGGCCACAAUGUUUCUGGAACGUUAGCCAAGAUAAAAAAAAAAAAUUGGAACUAUACCAAGACGUCGUCACAACAUUGUCAUAAAGUAAUGUCACACUGACAAAAGGAUGACUAACUGGCGACGUCAUCAGAACGUACUGUGUUUGCUGGGAAUAGCCUAAAAGCACUAUUAAAAGAUCAUAUUCAGAAUGACUCGUGCUGCAUUCAAAGUCCUCCGCAGUCACACAAUAGCUCCGUGUGAGGAACAAAAUCAAAUUUAAGGUUUUAGUCACUCAAAAUCUUUGUAAAGGCAUUUAAAUCUCAUUUAAAAUGUACAUCCAAACAAACAUUUAUUCUUAGAAUAAGUUGUAGUUGCCCAAAGGUUGUUGGGUGGGGCAUCCAGGGAGCAUCCAGCCACCGAACAACAUGAUCUACAUUUGAAUAAUGGCGUUUUAUGACAAUCAUGUUAACGUUAUUAAUGUUAAUCAUGUUAAAGUCACUAUGAAUGAAGCGCCUCCCACUGUUGUUUUGAAUGAGGAUGAAAACUAGCAGAAAAUGUUCAAGAGACAAAGACGUCACUUCCUUAAACUGACGAACAGUCUUUGAAAUGGUAUGUAGAGUUACAACCUAAUUUUACUCCCAAGGUGUCAAAUACUGAUGCUUGUGAAAGACUCUCCUGCGUCAAUAAGUGGACGCAAAAUCAGCAUUCUGUGUCUGUUUCCGACACAUCCGGUAAGCACGUUGCUUUCAAUGAGAAACCUUCGCAAAGAGCAUUCGAAUUUUAUCAUCGUGAAAUUAGAUGUUUGGGUACAAUUUUGUCAUUGUGACAUGAUAUGUUGGGCUUUGGUUUUACUUUCAUUUAUAGUGGUUAAAGUUUAUUCAGCAACAUUUAUUAGUUCAUAGUGGUUAAUGUUUAAUCCGUUGUUUUCUGUAUGCAUUCUGCUCUGCUGAAGUGACCUGUUUCGUUCUGUGUGUUCCUAGACUUCUGUUCACUUUACGUAAAGAACAGAUCCAAAUGUAAGUCAUUAUUAAACAAUCACAGUCGUUUUAAGAUGCAAAAAUUGCCCCGUCAAGACGCAUUACGUCACAGGUUUGACUGAUGUCAUUGGUGCCAUUGAUGUGCAUGUCUCGAUUUCGGCAAACUCAAGUUCAGGGGCUGGUCGCAUAAAUCUGCUUUAGACUAGUCUUACAAGUUAGUUGUCUAAAACGUUUAUUUAAGACUAGUCUUAACUUUUAUAGUCAGUUGCAAAAAAACUUAAAUCGGCCUAAUUUAAGGCCAGAAUGUAACACUGCUUACCCCUAGGCUAACCCAGUCCCUAACAGCAAGGAGGACACCAUUGAAGAAGAGCUGCGCUGGUCUGCCACCACUGCUUUAGUGUAGAGUUAGUAUGGUGUUGUCAGCUGAGUUUAUAAUGAGAAGAAAUGAUCCUCACUAAAUAGAAAAAUAAAACAAUGGUUCAUUCAGACUUUUAACAUGUUCUUUUUUUUCUCUCUCUCUCUCUCUGUGCCCCCGUUCAGUAUCUUUCCUCAACCACAAGGCCUCUAAUGCCCCAUACAUUAUUGAAAUGUUGAAUUACAGGAUAGUGUCUGAAUAAUAUCUUUAAAUGUACUUAUGUGCUCAAUCAGCUUCAAAACCAACAGAUGAUCUUUUAAUAUUUGUAUCAAAGCAGAAUUCAUUAAUAAACUCAAAUGACUCCACUACUUUGACUGUGUCUGUGGUCCCCCAGUGUCCUCUCAUAGUUAAGGCCCUUCUUAAUGGUAUAAAUACUGGACAAGCAGUUUUGAAGAGACAAUUGUGACUAUUAAGGAUUUUAUUAUUUCUAUGUUUUGCAAAGUUUCAUUUAACAGCCAUACAAGCCGUAUUGACUAAUGAAUCUAUGUACCGGUAGGUUCUGAAAGAAACUUUAAUUGAAAAUAUCUGGUAUAUAUUUUGCUACUGAAUAAUUCAUGUACCAUGGUAUUUACAUUGUACUCCAAGAUGCUUUAAAGAAUACUAUGGUAUGGUGUGUAAAACAACAGGCUAAUAUCAUGGUCGUAUAUACUAUAUGACCCACCUUAAAUCUUUGAUCAGGUGCCAGGCCUGACGUGCAUCACUUUAUUCUGGGGUUACCAACUCACGCACAUACUUCCAGAGUACUGAAAGUAUUCAACAGACAGGUUGGAUUGCCAUCUUGUUCCCAUAAUACAUUUCAAUUUACAAUUUCCACCACAACAAACAAUUUUGCCACUAAUAAAGUUCUGCAUUUUCUAACUCCUUCAUUGUGAAUAGAUUGUUAUCCCUGUCUGACCAUGAAAGUAAACUUUGCUUGUUGUAAUUGAUUGAUUUGUCUACUUAAAAGUAACAUUAUAAGAUGCUAGAUCAAUAAAGAAAUACAAAACAUAUAUCAAGAAAAAUCAGGCACUACGCAUGCAAGAUGGUCAACGGGGAAUUAUUGUUACAAUGUGUUACAACUCUACCAGAAUAAGAAACAUGGUAGUGCGUGCAAAUUGCAUUCAGCACAGAUUUUGAGGGCGCAGAUCUUUUAGUGAAUCAGUCGCUAAAUCAGCAGCAUUUACCAGCCGCAAUUAAUUCGUAGUGAAUUCCGCCCUGUAGGUCCCUCCUUGAAAGUCCAUUACUGUUGGAACUUAUUUUUAUUUUGUUGGAACUCAACAUUUUUCACCAUUUACAGAAUUUCAGAAACAUUGAUGGAUAAUUCUAAAUGCAAUGCUCAUGCAUCAGUACUUGCCAUUAGUCUUUACUUUCCCUGUUAUGGACCAAUUUUUAAAGCACUUUUAAGUUGAUUUUAUGUUUUGUCAUGUUUUUUUAAAGGAAUAUUCUGGGUUCAAUACAAGUUAAGCUCAGUUGACAGCAUUUGAGGUAUAAUGUUGAUUACCACAAAAAUUUAUUUCGACUCAUUCCUCCUUUAAAACAAAAGGCCAAAUUCUGGGUUACAUUGAGACAAUACAAGUUAAGUAAAUGGGGCCAAUCCAUAAACGUUAAAGUACUCAGUUUCACAAGUAUAGCCAUUAACCACAAGAUGUAAACAAUAUGAGUGUUAACAUGAUUUUAGUGUGAUAAAAUCAAUUACUAAUAUUUUCUGUGUAAAGCUAUAGCCAAUUUACCAAUACACACUCGGAGAAAGAUUUUAAACGUGAGAAAAGACUUGUUCAGUGGUAAACCCUUUUGUUUUUUGUGUUAGUUUAUUAGAGAGUAUGUUAAUAUUCUGGGUUUAAUUGACAUUAUAUUAAUGUCUGAAUGUUUGUACUCAUUUAAAGAUGAAACAACCCGGAGGCGUGUGGAGCGUGGGUGAUGCGGCCUAAUUGUAAAAAAAAAAAAAAAAAAAAAUGGGUGAUCACUUUAGACCUGAUGAAAAGCACAAUAAAGCCCAUGUCUAAUGGAAAUUGAAGCUGCACUAUGUAAGAUUGUUUUUGUUAGAAAUGAACAAAAUGUAAUUAAUGAGCAAGUACACCAACAAUCCGUCUUCCAAACCAUGUUUUUGCCUUACCCUGAUUCACUAUGGUAAGCCUAAAAUAAUGAUUUAUAUUUUAGAACUGUCGGACGGAUUUGGGGGGAAAUUGCAUACUCCCGUCAGUCGUCCUUGCGUGUUUACGUAAUAUCCAUAAAUAAAGAAAAGAAGGUCCGGCUAAUACAGCGUGUGUAUGGCCAAGUACACGCUACAAAGUUUUGGACAUGACAGCCGUAUUUAAAUGCGGGUGUGAAUCCCCUAAAUCAUCGUUCCAUGUGUGUACGGAAUACAGGACUGACUCCCGCAAUUGCGAUGAUUGACGAGUGUAGUCAUAGCAAAGCUGCAGCGUCCCGCGCCUGUGAAACAUGAAUGCUACCAGUUUAACUUGCUUUGUGCUCGCUGUUUUUAAGCAAAUAGAUUAUCCACCACAGAUGUUUUAUCAUCCGACAAUGUUUAGUUAGCUGCCGUUGACAGAAUCGCUGUGUUUUGUUUAUGCGUGUAUAAAUGGCAGUUGUUUAACAGCACGUGUGCUCUGGACUGUAAUGUAUGGGUUAUCCUGAGACUGCAGGGCUGAGAGAAACUACAGCAGAGAGAAAAAGACUGGAAUAUACUGUAUAAAUAAAUGAAGACAUACCUCUAUAAGUGUGAUUUACACCAGGUUGUCAUCUGAAUUUUUCGGGCGUUAAUUCGGUUGUAGAAAGCGAUUGUCGCUUCCAUAUUUUAAAGACUUGUGUGUGUACAGAACAGGAUUAAGCACUAAAUGUUGAACUGACAACCAAAUUAAGACACUCAGAGUCACAUAGCAGUGGAGUCCGACACCAAGCAGGAACGGAGCUGGAUCUGGCCGGCUCUGGUAGUAGUUUGAAGCUGAAAGCUUGUAGCCACAACAAAUGAGCAACAUUGACGAUGGAUCAUUCAAAAAUGUAACCCUCUGGGGAAUCUCCCGUUUUCAAAAUAAAGAAACCUUAAACCGAAAAGAAUCUGCAAGCAAACAGGGAAAGCGACAGAGCCCAUAAUAAAACACGAAACAACAUCGGCCAAACCCCAACUGACGUAAUUACCAAAACAAUGUUCUUCCACGUGUAACUUGCAGUUCUAUGCUUCAACCGCUAGAGGGCCAAAAGUUAUGUAGUGUAGCUUUAAAAUGAAAUACUCUUUUCAUUUAGUUGUUUUAAAUUUUUUUGACAGCCCAAGAAUUUAAAACAAAAUAAAUUACAAUAUAGUAGUGUAUUCUGUAACUUUAAAUGGGUAUUUUGACAUAAUUAAAUUAUUCAUAUUGAAACAUACAGUAUACUGUAUAACGGUAAUAAGAAGUCUGCUUAAUUUUAUUAUAUCAAUUGCAGUUUUAGCUAUAGACUAAUUGUGUUUAAGCUACUGUCUUUUUUCUUCAAUAAAAAAUACAGAGCUUGACAGGCCAUCCAUAGUCUUAAUGUUUUUAUUACUGCUAUUAUAUUAUUACGUAUCUGGCAUAGGGUACAACAGGGCUAAAGGCACCCCUUAUGGAAAUUAUGCUUUUAGGUUAAAAUAUAUAUAUUUAUUUAUUGAAUAUUGAUGGAGCAACAAAAGUUUUGUGAAAAUAAAUAAUAAUGGAAGGUUGUUUAAUUUAAAAUUCAGUUUUUAAAUAAAGGUGGUGAGGGAACCUUUUACCCCACACCUGGGGUAAAAGUUAUAGUGCAAAUUGGUUAACUAAUGCAAACAAUUUUGUAGACACCAAAAAGUAAGAUGGUGCUUACUCAAAAUAACUACUUCAGAAAAAGUCAACCAUUUCCUGUUUAUUUCAAACACAUUUGGCAUUUUUUUACAUCUCAAGUAUUCUAUAAACAAACUAAUAUCUAUUAUGAUUGGAACUAAGCUCUUAAAAGAGGUAUUCCAUUUAAUCUCAGAACCUCCUCUUAAUACUAACUCCUCGCUAUCCUUAGGACAUGUCCCAAGAAACUUUAAAAUGGCAGUUAUCAAACCACUUAUUAAGAAGCCACAGCUUGAUCCUGGAGAAUUGGCUAAUUAUAGACCGAUUUCAAAUCUCCCAUUUAUGUAGAAAUUACUAGAUAAGGUUGUGUUCUCCUAACCACGUUGAUUUCUACAGAGAAAUGGUAUAUAUAUAUUUCAGUCAGGAUUUAGGCCCCAUCACAGUACAGAAACUGCACUUAUCAGUGUUACAAAUGACUUGCUGAUUUGUAAGAUUGGUAUUAAUUUUAAAAUUCUGUUAACUAUGUACAAAGCUUUGAAUGGUCUAGAUCUGCAGUACUUAAGUGACCUUCUAUUACGCUAUAUUCCAUCACGUUCAUUACGAUCGCAAAAUUCUGGCCUGUUAAUAGUUCUUAGAAUAUCAAAAUCCACAAAAGGAGGUACAUCCUUUUCCCUUUUGGCUCCUAAACUAUGGAAUAGUCUUCCUAACACUGUUUGGAACUCAGACACACUCUCUCAGUUUAAGUCUAGACUAAAGACUCAUCUAUUUAGCCAGGCAUACACCUAAUUUAUCAUUCAGCUCACAGUUAGGCUGCAUUAGUUAGGUCUGCCGGAACCAGACACAUUUCUCAUAAUCUAUAACUCUAUAAUAAAUUGAAUGGCAUCUACGCUAAUAUUAUUCUAUUUGUUUCCCUGUCUCAACCUUGGGAUUCAUAUCAUAUCCCGAGCCGGCCAGAUCCAGCUCCGUUCCUGCUUGGUGUCGGACUCCACUGCUAUGUGUCUCUGAGUGAUGAUGACUAAAUGCAGCCGGUGCCAGCCAGACCUGACUUCAGUCUAUUACGAUGGACUUCAAGAGAUGAACUGAUGCCAACUCCAACCAUAAGACAUUGGAUACUUCAUAUGCCACUGCAUGAACCUUGGACUUAGGAUAGACCUCACCGAAAUGACCUGCCGGUUGAACUGCGAUGCACCUCACUGAUCUCUGCCUGCAUCAUCUCGGUCUAAUGAUGGACUACACUCUUAAAAUGGAAUACAUAGACUGUCAAUUAAUUGCCAGCAAAAGCUUUCAUCAGCCAACCAACACAGGACAAUGCAUCUAUGUGAACUUCUGCAGUUAAUCCAGGAUGGACUUCAAAGACAUUAGUCAUUAAUGUUACAGUUCUUACAAAAUCUUUGUAUAAACACUGACCCUUUACACUUACUUAAUUUAAACAUUUUAACCAUGGCUUGCACUGCACAUAAAUAAGUAAUCUUGGCAUUAUAUUCAUGCUGUUUAGCCAGAGGUAAACUGACCCCCACAGUGAGCCUGUUACCUCCCAAGGUUUUUUUUCUGCAUUAACCAACAUCUUAUGGAGUUUUGUGUUCCUUGCCACAGUCGCCUUCGGUUUUCUCACAGGGGUUCUAAAUACAAUUAUUAUUUAAUUUUUAUACACAAUUUACAAUGAUAUUUAAUCAAACUACACAAUGAUGACUCUAAAGGCCCAAACAUACUCUACACAAGUACGCAAACGCAGAUGCACCUUACUAGGCAAGCUCGAUUUCACGAGUUGUUGCAUUGUGAAAUGUGUCAGUGCUCAGUUCAUAACACAACGCAAGUACGCUCUGCAUUCUCAGCAUUGCCACAAGGGGCGCUAGAGCAGAUUUUCUGUCAUGGCAGACUCGGGCAGCAAUUUAAGUUGAAUCUUUACGAAAAAUAUAUAUAUGACUUUUUGUCCCCAGUCCAUUCAAACGAACUUGUUUUUUCUCCGUGUCUCUCCCCACUCCUCAACAAUCGACUCAUCUACCACAUCCGGGCUGCAUCUGAAAACGUAGGCAGCUGUUCUGCUGCUUAAUCAGGUAAUGGCUUAACUGACAGCUGAUUUAAAUGAAUGAAACUCUUAAGGAAACUGGUCUCCGAACCGUUUGAAAAGCACCUUAUUUUCAUCCUGCCUCUGUAUACAGCCUCCGAAGGCAGCAUUUUCCUGGUUUCGGAAGCAUUGCCCUCUUGUGGCUUGAGGUUUGUAACCGCCAGAGCAACGCAAAAGCGCACGUAAUGUAUGUACAACGGGACCACGCGUUGGCCAAGCAUUCGCAUCUGUGUUUGGGUACUUGUGUGAAGACUUUAUAGAUAUUGCAGUUUCAUUUUCUGUUAAAGCAUGAUUAGCUGCUUUGAAAUGAUGUGUGUUGGGAAAAGUGCUAUACAAAUAAAAAAAUGACUUGACAAA